AUGGGUGGUGCCGCCGCCGCGCUGGUGCUGGGGAGCAAGCUGGUGCUGUGGAGCGUCUACGCCGUCGGCAUCUACUUCGCCUGCAAGUUUGCCUACGAGAUCCGUAUCUACGCGAUUGUCAACUAUGGGUACGUGAUUCACGAGUUUGACCCGUGGUUCAACUUUCGCGCCACAAAGUGCGCCGACGCACGGCGCAACGGCAAACGGAGCCUCGCGCACGGCACUGCCCCGGGGCGUCUCGAGGUGGAGAGGCCGGCAGCCUCGCCCGACGCGCCCGACGUCGACUCCUCCUCCGCCGCCGGCUCUCCCGCCACGUCGCCGGGGACGUCGACCUGCAUCGAACUCGGCGCGCUCACCGCAGAGUGCUCCGGCACUUGGUCCGCGGGCGUCGCUGCGGCCGCAAUCAUGGCGCGGUGCACCACAUUCUACUUUUGGACGCGCGCGCUGCGGCCAGACCCCGCGGUCGCUGACGGGCGCGCGACCAAGGCGUCGGUCGUGUUCGGCGUGCUGUGCGGUCUCGCAUACGUCUACAUGGUGGCGGCAUGGGGAGGGUACGUCUUCGUGGUCAACAUGAUUGGCGUGCACGCGGCGGCCCUGUGCGCUUGCGGCAGGUACACCUCCAAGCUGCACCGCGCCUACUCGCUCUUCUACGUCAUCGGCACCCUCGGCGCUACGCGAGUGCCGCCCGUCAACUGGGCGCCCGUGCGCAACCUCGAGCAGAUGGGCCCGCUCCUCGCUUUUGUUGGCAUGCAGCUGCUCGAGUACGUGGAGGUGCAGCGGCGCGCACGCAAGCUCUCCGUUUUGCAGGUCCAGCUGUUGCGUGCCAAGCUCGCGCUGCCCAUCGCGCUCGCGCUCGUGGGCGCGGCGGCGCUGCUGAUGCAGUUCGGCUACUUCGGCCCCCUCUCCGCUCGCGUGCGCGGGCUCUUCGUCAAGCACACCCGCACCGGCAACCCGCUGGUGGAUUCGGUGGCGGAGCACCAGCCGGCAAACGAGCAGGCCGACUCCACUGCCUCCACCACAGCGUACUCCCACUACCUCCACCACAUCUACCACAUCGCGCCGUACGGCUUCCUCCUCUCGCUCGUCCGCUUCACCGACGCCAACCUCUUCAUCGUCCUCUACGCCGGCACCGCCUACUUCUUCUCAAACAAGAUGGCACCGCACUGCCCCCCCUGCUCGGCGCGGCUCGUCAUCCUGCUCGGCCCGGUCGCCUCGGCCCUCGGCGGCGUGCUCCUCGGCGCCGCGUCCUCGCCGACAGGUGUCGCCGCCGACCAGCUGCUCGUCCGCCCCGUCGCGCGACUCGGCUCGAGGAUCCUGAGGCUGCCGUCGCCGCCCGCCACCGGCGCCGCCGAGGCCACCGCGGCGGAGGGCGCGGAAGAGGAGGAGGAGGAGGAGGAUCGGAGCGGCAAGGACGCGUCGGCGUCGGCCAAGGAGCGGCGGAAGAAGGGCGGCAAGGGCGGCGCCAAGGCCGAGGCGGCGCUGGGCGAGGCGUGGUCGCACGCGCGCGCGCUCGGCGCGCUGGCAAUGGAGGGCGUGGAGUUGGUCUACGCCAACCCGGUCUCGUGCUUGCUGCGGAUCGCGCUCGGCGCGUACGCUGUGUACUGGUGCGUGCCGAGGGGGCGCGAGUUUUACGACUACUCGCACCAGCUGGCCGAGGGGCUCUCGCAGCCGCAAAUCAUGUUCAAAGCCAAGACAUACAAUGGGCAGGAGGUGAUGGUGGACGACUACCGCGAGGCAUACUGGUGGCUGCGCGACAAGACGCCCGAGGAUGCGCGCGUGAUGGCCUGGUGGGACUACGGCUACCAGAUCACCGGCAUCGGCGAGCGGACCACCAUCGCCGACGGCAACACCUGGAACCACGAGCACAUCGCCACCCUCGGCCUCAUCCUCUCCGGCAACGAGCAGAAGGCGCACUCGAUCGCGCGCCACCUCGCCGACUACGUGCUCGUCUGGGCGGGCGGCGGAGGCGACGACCUUGCAAAGUCGCCGCACAUGGCCCGCAUCGGCAACUCGGUCUUCCGCGACAUCUGCCCGGGCGACCCGACGUGCUCCAAGUUUGGCUUCUACCAGGGCGGGCAGCCCACGCCGAUGAUGGAGGAGUGCCUGCUCUACAAGCUCACGAUGCACGGCCAGCGCGGGAUCGCCGCCAACGAGUCCCUCUUCCAGCACGUCUUCACCUCGCGGUACGGGAAGGUUCGCAUCUUCAAGGUGCGGCGCGUCUCGCUCAAGUCGAAGAAGUGGGUGGCGGACCCCGCCAACCGGAGGUGCGACGCGCCCGGGUCGUGGUACUGCGUUGGCCAGUACCCGCCCGCGCUGGCGCCGCUCAUCGCGCGCCGGAAGAACUUCGCGCAGCUGGAGGACUUCAACACCAAGCGCAGCAGCGAGGACGAGGCGUACGACAAGGAGUACCACGAGCGCAUGUCGGGCCGCAAGGGGCCCUCCGAUGGCCCCGGCGGAGGCGGCGGCUCCAAGGGACGCCCCGGCCUCUGGUACCUCGGGUGCGUCGGCGCGGAGGCUCUGCUCGGGGAGGAGCGGACCUACUCUGGCGGAGCGGACGGGUCGACGCUCGCCGAGGCGCGCGCCUUUGCCAAGGAGGCGGGCAGCCGGUACGUCGCGCUGGCUCGCUCGGGCAUGGACGGGCACGCGUUUGCCAUCCCGGCGCUGCCCCAGGGCUGGAAGGCGGGCAGCCUCGACGACGCCGGCUGCAGCAUGCCCUGCCUCGACUUCCAAGCGUACGGGUGCGGCUGCGCCGACGAGCUGUGCGCAGAGGCGGGAGUGCGCGGCGAGGAGCACGUCCGCCGGUGGGCCAUCUACGAGGUGGUCGCCAAGGGGAAGAAGAAGGCCAAGAAGGGCAGCCCGAAGGACGAGAUGUGA